CGCCGCGCCGCUGGCUGCUGCGCCGCCAUUGUCGCCGCGCGCCAUGGGCUGCCUGCGCCGCCUGUUCACCUGGUACGUCAAAAUCAAGUGUCCGAAGCUGUGGUGCUGCUACGACUGUUGCUGCAGCUCGGAGGAAGAGGAAAGGGAACGGGAGCGGCGAGAAGCAGCGGCACAGGAGCAGUGAGGACGACCGAGGAGGUCCAUGGCGCUCGCCCCCUUCAGCCUCAUCGCUGGGGUUCACGAUGGUGCGCUCAGCUUCUCGACCUCAGGGCACGUAUAUUCGUCAGCUGUCCGCCCCAGCGAUGCCCCCGCUGACGAUCUUCGCCUUUGGACUCCCUCUCGCCUGCAUCAAGCCGCACUCGACAACACCGUGACCCAGGCGGCUUCUGCUGACCUGAGGUCGAGGACCGCGGGCCAUCGCCGCCACAGACGCCAAGCAAUGGGGCUCGGCAACAUCGCAAAUGGAUACUCCAACUUCAUCGGUGGAGAUCAGAGCUCGGACACUUCUGAGAAGAUGCCGGUUCUUUUUGUCCCGAAGGAAGACAACACAGAAUGCACGCCGACGCACCAAAUGUCGUCAUUUGGUUUCCUCAGCUUCAUCAUCGCCAUCAUCAAUAUAGUCGUGAACGUCACCAACAACAUAAAUAACAAUAAUAACAACAAUAAUAACAAUAACAAUAAUAACAAUAACAACGAUAACAAUGUAAACGUGGCCAACAACAACAACAACCUGAACAACGAGAACGACGUGAUGGUGGGACGGCGGCGUCAGCUCAGCCGGCUGCGCGACAUGAGGGACAAGCUUACGGCUCGUAUCCGCUCGCGCGGUCCCCCGCACCAUCCACGAGUGCGACGCUCAGCUCCGGUUCGCAGCGCGCGCUCGGGCUCGCGCGGCCACGGUCCCGUCGUCACGGAGCGGGGUCCGGCUUCGCGCCGGCGGUCACCGAGCUUCGCGCCGGACCACAUGGGGAGCUUCAGCGCCGACCGGGCCGUCUUCUCUCCGAGAGCAGCCGGGUCAUCUGGCUUCUCUCGGAGCCAGACGGGCGGCGCCUCAGCCCGGGCGCACCUCGCCUGGACGGCAGCCGCCGCCAUGGAGGCGCUCCGCCUGUGGCGAGACGUCUCUGCAGAGGUCAGGCCGCGCUGUGUGGCGCGCCGCUUCUGCGAGAGUGGAGCUCUGGAGCUGCCGGCGGCGGCGGCGGCGGCGAGCGAGGUCUGGCGGCGGGCGGCGGCACACCUCCUCACGGGACGGCCAGGCAUCAGGACCGGGGUCCUGCAGCGCGCCUCCCGCCUCGGGCAGCGGGGCGCCAACUGCCUGGCCCUGUUCCCCAGGUGUGGGUGAUGGCGGUGUGCCAGCUGUCCGGUAUUUUUCCCCUGGUGUGAGUGAGAGCGGUGCGUAAGCUGUCUGGCUUGGCCCUCUGAUGUAAGCACAUACGUUAGAUGCUUUCUGCCGAAACAGGAGACGCGCCGAACACCUGACUUGGUGUGGCCGGGCCAAGCAUAGUAAGAUGGAUUGACAUUGUUGCAGGAAAUAAACAAGCCCAUUGGUUGGUAAAUCC